AUGGCGUCUUCUUCCUCUUCCAGCAUGAAUCUAAAAAUUGUUAAUGUGUGGGAUGAUAGUUUUCAAAUACAUUUCGAUAAUUUUAUAUCUACUAUUAGAAACUACAAUGUAAUUGUCGUAGACACGGAAUUUGCUGGAAUACUAGAGAAGAUUCGCUACAAGAAAAAAGAUGAUGUAUACGCUCAAAUGAAGAGGAAUAUCAAUGAAACGAAAUGCAUCCAAGUGGGUUUUGAUGAUUCCAUGCCUCGUUACAGGAAAAGAAUUCCGUGUAUAUGGAAUUUCAAUUUACAGUUCGACAUGGAAACCGACACCUAUUGCCCCGAUGCUAUGGAGUUACUCCAGACAAAUGAGAUGGUUCUAAGGAAGCAUGCGCGAGAUGGUAUAUCGGCUCACAAAUUAUGUGAGGCUAUGCUGAAUUCUGAGCUACUGUUGACCAGUGCCCUUAGCGUUUAUCCGAAAACUUGGUUGACCUACGGUUGGAAUUAUAAUCUGGGUCACUGCGUGAAGUUUUUUCAACCUACAAAUGUGCUACCCAAUAGUCGAUUGGUGUUCGAAGAUAUGGCCCGUAGCUAUUUUGGCGAAAGAUUUUUCGGUGUCAAAUUAAUGUCGGCGUACAUUGAUCUUGCUUAUGGUAAGAUGAAACUAGCUACUGUUGUUGCGCGUUUUAACGUUGAUAACGGUGGAGUUUCUCAUAAGCCUGUAGCUGAUGCACUAAUCACUUUGAAGCUCUAUCAAAUUCUGAAGAUCAAGGACGGGAAUGUUAAUUGUGUCAACAUGGUCACUGAUCUCUUUUACGGCGCAACAUACUCUUGA